AUGUAUCUCUAUCUUUUUAGCUUCUGCUGCUCCUGCUGCUGCUCCUGCUGCUGCUCCUCUGCUGCUCCUGCUGCUGCUGGUUCUCCUGCUGCUGGUGUUGGUGAAGAAGAAGAAGAAUCAGAUAAAAAAGAAGAAGAAUCAGAUAAAGAAGAAGAAGAAGAAGAAUCAGGAGAAGAAGAAGAAGAAGAAUCAGGAGAAGAAGAGGAGACAGAAGAAGAGACAGAAGGAGAAGAAGAGGAGACAGAAGAAGAGACAGAAGAGACAGAAGAAGAGACAGAAGAAGGGGGAGAAAAGAAGAGAGAAUGA